UCGAGCGCGCGCAUCAUGGCCGCGGACGAUUCCGGGAAGCGGGAUCGCGACGAGGAGGACGCCGCGCCCGCGGUGGGUCCCGCCCCCCCCGCGCCCGGGGACGCGGGCGAUGACGAGCCCGUCGACGUCGGCCCCGCGCUACCGCCGCCGAAGAAGGCGAAGACGCUGCCGUUCGAGUCCGUGUACCUCGACUCGCUCCCAUGCGCUGCGAUGUACGAGAAGAGCUACAUGCACCGCGACUUCGUCACCUUCGUCGCGGUCACCCCCGGGACGGACUUCUUCAUCACCGCGUCGCACGACGGCCACCUGAAGAUCUGGGCGAAGCGCUACGAAGGCAUCGAGUUCGUGAAGCACUUUCGAUCGCACAUGGGACCGAUACUCGGCCUGUCCGUCUCCGCUGACGGCCUGUACUGCGCGACCGUGGGUCAGGACAAGUCCGUGAAGGUGUACGACGUCGUGAACUUCGACAUGACGCUCAUGAUCAAGCUGCCGUACAUGCCGACGACGUGCGAGUUCGUGUACAGAAAGGGCGAGGCGAAGCAAAAGAUCGCGGUCGCGGAUCAGACUGGGAAGAUCUACGUGUACGACACCCUGUCCUCGGAACAGACCCCGGUGAAGGUGCUCGAGCUCCACCGCGCGGCGGUCAGAUGCAUGAAGUACAACGCCGCGAGAGGGAUCGUGAUAUCCGCGGACGACAAGGGCGUGAUCGACUACUGGUCCCCGUCCACGUACGAGUUCCCGACGGACGGCGUCGACUUUCGGUUCAAGCUCGACACGGACUUGUACUCCCUCGCGAAGGCGAAGACGAAAGCGCUGACGUUGGAGGUGAGCCAGGACGGCGAGCAGUUCUCCACGACGGGGCCGGAUCGCAGGGUGAGGGUGUUCCGGUUCGCGACCGGGAAGUUACGGCACGUCAUCGACGAGUCGUUGGAGUCCGCGAAUGACGUGCAGCGGAGCGGGAACGAAAAUUACCAGCUCGAGGACAUCGACUUCGGGAGGCGCCUGGCGAAAGAUCGCGAGAUGGAGAGCGACGGGGAGGUCGGGUACCCGAACGCGAUCUUCGACGAGAGCGGAAAUUUCAUCCUGUACGCGACGCUGUUGGGGAUCAAGGUCGUGAACUUGGUCACGAGUCGGUGCGCGCGGAUCGUCGGGAAGGUUGAAAACACCGAGCGGUUCAUGCAGCUCGCGAUGUUCCAGGGCGUUCCGAAGAAGGACAAGCGAUCGAGAGGCUCGGGGAAGGACACGAAGACGACCACGGAGAAGGACCCGACGAUCGUGUGCUCCGCGUUCCAAAAGACGCGUCUGUAUCUCUUCACGCGCAGGGAGCCCGAGGACGGGGACGACGCCGUCGGCGGUCGAGACGUCUUCAACGAGAAACCCCUCGCGGACGAGAUGGUCGCCGCGGCUUCGCUCGCGGCGACGGCGUCCACGUCCCUCGCGAGGUCCGCGGUCAUACACACGACGCUCGGGGACAUCCACGUGAAGCUCUUCCCGGACGAGACCCCGAAGACGUGCGAAAACUUUACGACGCACGCGAAGAACGGGUACUACGACGGUCUCUUGUUCCACCGCGUCAUCAAAGGGUUCAUGCUGCAGACCGGGGACCCGCUCGGGGACGGGACCGGGGGCGUGUCCAUAUGGGGCGGCGAGUUCGAGGACGAGAUCACCAGGGACUUACGUCACGAUCGGCCGUACACGGUGUCCAUGGCGAACGCGGGACCGAACACGAACGGGUCGCAGUUUUUCAUAACCACGGUCGCGACGCCUUGGCUGGACGGGAAGCACACGGUGUUCGGCAGGGUCGUGAAGGGCGCGGACGUCGUGCAUAGCAUCGAGAAGCUGAAGACGGACAAGGGGGAUAAGCCGUUGAUCGACGUGAAGAUGGCGAACAUCACGUUGUCGUUUAAUUGAAUAGCAAAGCGUUCAAC